AUGGAAGUUAUUGUUGGAAGCGAUGUGAAGUUUUCGAGUCUAUUCGCUUGGAUUUUGGAGCAUCAAGGCCUUGAUUGCGGUGAAUUCCAAAUUUGGCACGGUGACGGCAAUUCAAGAAACAACCAGCUGCAGAGCGCUCAAGGAGAACGUGCGAGAGAAAUUCCGACAUUGGAAAUCGCUCAUGACGACGGAUUCGCAAAUAGCGCUGCAACCAGCGCUGUUCAGAAUCUUCCGACCAAUGGUCGUAGCACCCCGCGUCCAUCACCAGAAAACCCGGGACCAGUCGACAGCUACGUUGGUGUGGGAAACGUGGAACCCGCUAGACUUCCCAACCACAAUCAAAUCGGACGUAUUCCAUCGAUCAUUGACUGGUCUCCAAAUCAAGGUUCCGUCGGGCAACUGGAGCAAUCGGCACAAAAUCAUAAUAAUAUCGAACAGUUCAUCAGACAUGCGCACCUUACCAUCCCAAACGAGGUUGUUCAUUGGCAGCAACCAUGGGACGACAGGGCAGGAAUGUUAGAUCAUGAACGAAGAAUCGAGCUUGAAGUUGAGCGCAGACUCGGUAACGGUUACCGUAACGGAAUCCAUGUUGCGCCUCUCAUGGGACACCGUCGUAAUGAGCACGGCGAGUUCGACGAGACAGAAUUGGAAGAAGCUUUCGACUCGUCCGAUGAGGAGGAAGCUACUCCAAUCGUAACCCCCCAUAAUGAGUUGAAUCCCGAUUAUAUGUAA